CUUCGCUGCUUGAAACAGCGACUGCUGGAUGUUGUUGUGGCAAACGCUUUUAUUUGGAGGAGCAAAAGUCCUCGUCGUGGUGCAUCGCUUUCCUCCUUCGGCUCUGUUGACUUUUCAGACUAGGAUUUAGAUCCAUUAUAACUCUGGCAGACUGCUGAUCACGGAGAGCAACACUGUUGCUGAUUCCUCUAACGCAGCUAGCAUUAGCUAGCAGGUCCCACAGCUGAGCUAGCCAGCUAGUUGCUUAGCAGUGAUGGAGUGGCUGGGCAACGGAGCAUCAAGUCACCCCGAUGAAGAGUCUAGCUGUGACCCAGCUUCAACUGCCAGGGGCGUCAGUGGUAUUUAUCCUCACCAGCAGUCGCCAUCAUCGCACCUGUGUGACUGCACCAUGGUGUCGCUGUGCCAGAGCCAGCAGCGUUGUGUGAAGGCCUCUAUCGUCUCCAGCUGGAGACUGGCUGAGGCCCAGGAUCAGCUGUGUUCUCUGGGCGUCCACAGCUCGGAGUCCCUGGAGCAGGAGCGUGCUCGGACUCAGGCGUGUCCCACAGAACUCACACACACUGUGGAGGAGUGGCGCCGCAAGGAGAGCAUGCUGGGAGGUCAGGAGCCCAGCCGCAGCCCUGUGCUCGGAGCUGUUGGAAGUUGGGAUGUUUUUGAUAAGAGUAUCAUCAAUGUCCAAAGUCAACCUGUAGAAAUGGAUCAGGACAAGUGCAAGACAUUUCUCCAAAAGUAUGAGCAAGAGCUCAGGCAUUUUGGUAUGCUGCGGCGAUGGGACGACAGUCAGCGAUUCCUAGCAGACAUACCUCAGCUCAUCAGCGAGGAGACGGCCAACUACUUAAUUCUGUGGUGCAUUAGACUACAGCAAGAAGGGAAAGAAGCGCUCAUGGAGCAGGUGGCGCACCAAGCUGUGGUCAUGCAGUUCAUCCUGGAGAUGGCCUCGAACUCCCAGCAGGAUCCUCGAGGCUGCUUCAGACAGUUCUUCCACAAAGCCAAAGAUGGGCAAGAAGUCUACUUAGAAGUCUUCCAUACAGAGCUUGAGGCCUUCAAACACAGAGUGAAAGAAUACACAGUCAAGUGUAAAGGUGAUACAGUCAACAGCGCUGAACAACAGAACACUGGCACAAACUGUAGGCUCGACCCCAAAGAAGCCCUGGACUCUUUACCUCCAGUGGCAGAUUAUUCUAUGAAGCGCUGUAUAGAGGCUGGAUUGUGGACAAGCGGAGGGAGGUGGACAAAGGACGACGCUACAGAAAUAGACGAUAUGCGCAUGAUGGAGACCUCCUAGGGAUUGUAGGAUCGGCCCCUGAUUUUCUUCCAUCUCCAUUUUUUUUUUCCCCAUUUAGGAACUACCUGAGUUUUAAGCCCCCUGUACUCAGCAGACCAGGCUAAAAACACCAGUGCGGAGCAGCAAUAAACAGACAGAUGAUCAAUCCUUGGCGCUGCAAUUUUCAGUGCAGAGCCUGCAGGAAGUAAUGUUUCGCUGAUGACAAACAUUUCUCAGUGUUGACGAUAUUAUGCCACUGUGGUUGGCCCCUGGCAAAUUGGUUCCUGCAGUGUCUCUUGCCAGCUAAAUGCAUGUGUUGUGCCAUGACCCUGGUUUUGCAGAUGGAGUUACAUCCUUCAAACUGGUUCUCCUGAAAAAAAGAAGCAUCUUUUAAGUGACAGCAAAACAAACUGAAACAAAUUGAAAGUUAAAUCCAGACAACACAAAGAAUACUGAACCAACAACGUCUUUGGGCAAAAGUCAGUUAUGUACCAAAUCCAGUGCCUCAGUAGGAGUCAUCUGCGGAGUGUGUUAUAGCUGCUUAAAAUUAAUAAUGUCAAGUAUGAGAGAAGCAUGACUGACAGAUCAAUGGUAAACAUUUCAAGCGCUCCAGUUGUGAUUACUUGGAUUUGGUUUUUUUUGCCAGCAUUUGUCAGGCUGGAGUGAAAUUACAGUCUAAGAGUAAAAAGGUUAGGAUUAAAAGGUCUUGGGUCACAUGCACCCUCCAACCUUUGGCUUUCAGACUAGUGAAAGCCAAAGGUUGGUGAUCUGCAUAUGACGAAUCAUACAGGGCUCUCAUAGGCUCGUUAUCAGGAGAGGAUGCAUAAUGGAGUAUGUGUGGGUGGAUAGUCAGUUAGCUGACUCACAGUUGUCUGCAAUGAAUAGAUAAAGCAGAUGUUUCAUGGUGGCAGCUUUUGGUGCAAAUGUUUUCACUUUUACAUGGCUAUUGACAUAUAUUAUUGUAUCAUUACCUGAUCGUUUCCGGUCGUUGUUGUGCCUGAUAGGCUAUCAGAAGAGGCCCUUCUUUCUGCUCCAAGUAUAACGAGAGUUCAAAAGUCAAAUGCAGACUAGGAGCUUACAUGUUUUGCUUUGAACAUAUUGACAGUUGGUGUCAUUUAGGCAUCUCUUGAAAGGAAGUACGAGAUUGGUUUUAAUAAGUGUUGUGACCAUGUGGCUUUCUAUAAAGUAUUCCUGGUGUUGUCUGGAGAGGCUUACAGGAGCAAGUGUACUAAUAAUCAGGCUACCUUCUUCACAUCUGCUAUUAACAAGCAUCUUUGACAACCAGAUUUUUUUUUUCUAAUGUCUAAUGUUGCCUUUAUGUGGGGUUGUGUUUACCAAGUUCACAAGAAGAGUCUAAAUGAACGCCCCUGUCUUGUGGUAUUCACAACCUCGUAAGAGGAAAAUUUCUAAAAGCUCUGAGUUCACGAGUCAUGACUUGGAUGGUGAUGUUUUCAGAAAUGGUGGAGACCAUGGAAUUUCAUUUUUAGUCUGACAGAUUUUCUCUGUAAUUUUAUAUGUCGGGCAAAUGCUGAUAUCUUUUCUCUGUCAUUAUUCUUUGCAUUUCCUACAUGACGUUACCCGUUUGCUCACUUGCUAAAUCAUUAGCCUCAAUGGCUUGUAGACGCUGACAUGUUGCUGUUGCCUCGCAGUGCAGUUCUCAUAUUUAACCGCUUGUACACCAAGAACAGCGUAUACACAACUUCCCAUGUCAUGACCACGAGCUUGUGAGUUCCAUUUGAAGGCAGCAUAAGUCUGCAGACAAGCAUGUAUAAAUCCACCCAAUAUACAUAAUGCCUGCAGAGUCAUAACAAAAAAUCACUGUAAAAUCGACUGAAUUUCCACAAAACAACAAACUACAGGUGUGCAUUAGAGCUACAUCGAUAAGUCUAUUAAUACAUUGAUUGAAAGAAAGUUAACUGCCAACUAUUUUGAUGAUUAGAUGUCACUUUGGGCUCUGGAAAAUUGUGAUGGACGAAGUGAUUAAUCAUGAAAAUAAUCAGCAGAUUAAUGAAACGAAUCUAAAAGAUGCAGCUCUGUUGUGCACUUGGCUGCAUUGGUUCAUAAUUUCCUCUUCUAUGACCAAAUCAGCCUUUCAUAACAGUUGUCAGUUUGUUUAUUUUAGAAGCUUGACAUGAGGAAAAGCCGAAUAAUGAGCUUGAGACAACAGGUCAUGAUUUUCAGUAUGUGACAAUAUAAUAACUCAGUAUCUAUUACAUGAUAAAGCAUCUAGCUUUAAAUGGAAACAUGUAUUAGAGGCAGAGUCAACCCAAUUUUAUGUGGAUAUUUAUAGCAAUCUUAGAUGCUGAGUUUAAAUUUUAAUUAUCCACAUUCAGGUUUUAUCUGGGUGUAAGACGCAUGGUAAUGUAAGGUGUGAAGAGCGCACAACAUUUGUCACUUUACAAGUUUAUUAUUCCCUUGGACUUUAUUUUACCAGGCAUUCACAUAUGAGAGCCUCAAAUUUCAACUAGCACACAGCUGACAGUGUGCAAAUCAGUUUAUCUUUUAAUACAUACAAGUUUUCAUUUUUUUCUGGUUCAGUGAUGCAUAUAUUCUUUACCAGUUUUCCAUCUAUGCCCAGUAUCUGAAGUCACAACCACCAGUUUCUUCAUACAAGUGCUCUGUGCAGACUGUUGUUAGUCAGUUGGUUUAAGUUCACAAUUCUGGGAUCUACACCUGAGAAGGAGUUAAAAAGCACCAGUAUGGAGAGGAGGAGGGAAAAAGGGCUGAGCUCUCUGCAAAGACUUUAACUGUAUAUUUGUGUACAGUAAGGAACUCUCUGCAUCUGAAUGUGUCCAGCACUUUAUAUUUCUCUUUUCAAAAUGGCAGAAGUUUUAAAAAAGAGGCCGGGUUGGAGUGAUUAAAGCACUUGACUUCAUUAUUCUUACCAGUCAUCAAGAUUGUUUAUUUUACAGGCAGGUUUUAGCUGAGCUUGUGUUUUGAAUGGUGUGACAUUUUGCUUUGUUUCACUUUCGUUUUCUGUUGUUUGUUGACUUUUGUGUCACUUUUUUUGCAUUUAAGGGUUGUGCCAGAUUUAUUAGGCUUCCAGUUUAACUGUAAUCAUUGAUAACAAUAUUCUGUAUUCAACAAGACAGUCAGAAUCAGUGUGAAAAUCUGCGACACCAUCAGUCAGACUGUAGAAAUUAAGAUACCAUGUGAAUGACGUACAAUACUGUACAUGUGUUUAUGACUUAAAGCUACUGUGUGAUGCAUUGUUAAUUCUGCACAGCACCUUGUGUCAUCUCACUAUUUCACAGGUUUACGUCUACAGAACUUUACACACAGUGCUGGUGUGGGGCAGUUCACAUAUUAUACGUAUCAUAAAUACUGUAAACAUAAACAGAGGUAUUGUAAGCAGUGACGCUAACACAGUGUGCUGUAGUUGUCUUUAUGUGUUUUGUUCGUUCGUUUGUUUUUUGUCCACAGUGACUAAUCAACUAUGCAAAACAACUGUAUGGCUUAAGCUGUUGUACUACCUGUGGCCGGUGUCUUAACUUCCUAAAUUAUUAUAACAUUUCCGAGUGUAAGAAUGAGACUUGGUAUAAGGAUGUCUUUGACAACACUAUGAGCUUCAGGAACAUUAUGAGCUAGUUUCUUGUCAUUAACUUUAAGCUAUGGUAAGAUUUGGUUUCUUUUGCUGUUGUUAGAAACUCAAAUAUAAAACCAGUGCUUAAUAUUUGUGUCUUGUUGUCAACUACUACAGUUCUUUGAAGACCUGCAGUAAUUUUACAAAGGGACCCUUUGACAUUUAAAUUUGAGAAGCCUAAAAUGGCGCCAUUGUUAAAUCCUUGCUGGGGAGUAGCUGAAUUAACAUUACAGCAUUACACAAAUUUUAUAAAGCCAUAUGUUGCUGCAGAGGGGGGCUGUGUCAAGUCUGUUAAAUGAAUAUAACGUUUCUUUUGUACGUUUAGUUCAAGUCAAUGACAACAUGCUUUAAAAUAAUUAAACAUACUGGGGAAAGAAAGAAGUUAGCUUACCUCUGUCGCCUCGCCGAUUUUCAUCUCAACUUGAAGCUAGCUUCUGGAGGCUACAUUAGCCGCUACUAGCAUAACUCAAACGACUCCCCGAAUUCUCGGCGGUCGAGUUGUUGGUAAUGUAGGCGCCAGGUUUGCGCGGAAUAACAAAGACAAUAUCUCUUUCUGCGGCAUGGAUUUUGAUACUUUGUUUUUUGUAACUGUCCAUCAUUAGUUUGACAGUGUUAUUGGAGCACAAUGCUGAAUUGGUGGAAUACUGCUUUAGCUGUCUGUUUUAGGGGCAGGUGUGUUAACUGUCAAAAUCAGUCAAAUUAAAACAAUGACUGGGAAGCUGUCCAAUUGUGUCAUUCUGGUGUAACGCUAUAAUAACAUACGACAUACUUAACUAAUAUUAGAAGUUUAUUGUGGUUCACAAUAAAUACUCUUAUAAUGACACAGUUGUAAGUUGUCUAUGAAGAGCUUUUUAAAUAUUCAAGUGUUGACGCACAGCACAGUUCAGGUAACAUUCACUGCAUAAAUCUACAGUAUACUGAGAGGCAGGUUAGCAUUUCUGUGGCUUCUGACAUGGUGAAACAUCCUUAAGAUAAAGUGCAAAGACACAGAACUGUAGAUCAGCUUCGAAUGCUGUGGUGUCUUUGAACAUGAUAAACUGCUUUAAAUGUUUUAAGUUGAUACUUUUUUCAGUGAGGGUUUCAGUUGUCAAGUCACAUUAAAAUGCAAAUAUACAUUUGUUGAUUGGUCACAACAGGGAAUACCUGGUUAAAAUGGAAAAUGUGUAUUUCAAAAGGCAACACGAUUAAGACUUGAGGUGGUUGAAAGACGCUGUUACACACUGAUGGCUUGAUUAAAGAAUAAAAAUAUUCAAUGUACUUAGUGUUGUGAAUUUAUACAUUAUUCACUCUGUGUUCCAUAAUCAUUAAAAGGAAUCAAACUACAUUCACAUAGCUACCUGUUACAUUUUCAAAAGCAGCAAGAGGCACUUGUAUGUAGAAGUGAAUUAACAUGGCACAAUUCCCUUUAGGGCAAUUUCCCACCGCAUAAGAAACAGUCCCAAGGCCACAGGGGGAUUGUUAUGCUGGGGCUUAAACCCUCUGCAAUAUUGCUUUCAAAGGCUGCCUUACUAAAAAAGCUGGAAAGUCUCUUAUUUAGCUAAAGAUAUCUUAUUGUCUGUGUGUUAUUGUGUCGCUGCCAUCAACUAACAAGAAGUCAUGAUUGCGUUUAAAAACCCUAAAAGUUAAAAAUGUAUACAUAACUCCACUUAUUAAAGUUGAUAUUGUACUGUAAAAGAUCAUGAUUUUCAAUUCAGAGAUGUCUCCUGGCUUUAAAAAGGCACAUUAUGGAAUAAAGAGACAAUCUUUCUAAAUUAUAACCACUAAUAUGUGAAUGAUUUUAUGCACACGUCCUGACAGUUUCCCAAACUAAUUUCAGCGACGUUGUGAAAACAGUGCAACAGUAGUGCAAGAAGUACUUGAGAAGUGGAUUUUUUUUUUCCCCCAAAAAAACAUCUAUAGUCUUACUAAAGCUUCCUGAUAUAAAGUGUUUGAGCUUGCUCCUCAUUUUGGACUUGGACCCUUCUUGUGCCUUUCUGUACUGGCUUUCUAUGCGACUUGCUCUUUGACAAAGGAGAGUUUUCUGUGGAGGAACACCUCGACGUGCGGCCAGAUCUUGUUGGUUUCUGUCCCAGAAAAGGUCUGCAGGACACCUUUACUCCUGGAAGGACGAAGAAAGACAGAAUUGGCUUUUAAUGUAUGCGU